AUGACGAAGCCUUCUGCUCAUCGUAACUCGAUCAUUCAACUUCACAAAGGCGGGACCCGAGCGAUUGAUAUUUCAAAGCGAUUGAAAGUCUCGAAGAAGCUGGUUUCGACGACUAUUGCAAGAUUCAAGGAACUGGGCACCAAUUUCGAUCGGAAAGGACGAGGUAACAAACGAUCUGUUAUCAACAAAGCCAUCAUCAAGAAGGUGCGCGACCGUGUCCGUGAAUGCAUUAAAGUGAAUGCGCAGAAUUAUCUGGAUAUUUUGAAAAAUGAGCUUCUUCCUUGGAGCAAAAACCACUUUGGGAACAGGAUUUGGUGCUUCCAACAAGACGGGGCGCCGGCGCAUAAAGCAAAAUUGGUUCAGGAUUGGUGUGCUAACAACUUCUCAGACUUCAUCAGUUUCAACCAAUGGCCACCUUCGUCCCCGGAUCUCAAUCCAAUGGAUUUCUCUGUAUGGAGUGUUUUGGAGUCCCAGGCUUGCGCAAAAUCACAUAAAACAGUGGAAUCGUUGAAGAAAGCGCUUCAAAAAGCGUGGGAGGCGAUCGAUCCACAAUACCUUCUCGCCACCGUCGACGCUUUUCCAAAACGUUUACAGGCUUGCAUCGACGCUAAGGGAUCUCACUUUGAAAAAAAU